GGCUGCCUGGGACCAAAGUCCUCAGCUGGUGCCCCGGGCCCGAGCCCCCGCCCCGCUUUCGCCUCGCGGCCCAGCGGCCCCUCCGCUCGCUCCGCAGCUCGCCGCGCCCGGGACAAUCCUCGCCUUGUCUGGGGCGCCGGCAUCUGGAGUUUUCGGUAACCCCCGGCUACGCCUUUUUUCCAGGGCGGAGCCGCAGCCCGGCGCUUCCUCGCUGGGAGCCGCGCAGUAGCCCGGGUCGCCUUCCCAGAGCCCCGCGCUGCGCGGUUCGGCUCCGGGCGCGCAGCGGGCACCAGGCGCGGGCCUGUGCGCGGUCUCGGCCAGCUCCCCGCCAUGGCCUCCUGGGGCCCCGGACUCCCGCUCCUGCUGCUCCUGCUGCUGCUGCUGUCGCCGCCUCCUGUGGCCUCGGCUUCUGACCGACCCCAGAGUGGAUCCCCUGUCAACCCAGAGAAGUUGCUGGUGAUUACCGUGGCCACCGCUGAGACAGAGGGAUACCGGCGUUUCCUGCGGUCAGCUGAGUUCUUCAACUACACAGUGCGGACGCUGGGCCUGGGAGAGAAGUGGCGAGGAGGUGAUGUGGCCAGAACAGUCGGUGGAGGACAGAAGGUUAGGUGGCUCAAGAAGGAAAUGGAGAAAUACAAAGACCGGGAGGAUAUGAUCAUCAUGUUUGUGGACAGCUAUGAUGUGAUUUUGGCUGGCAGCCCCUCCGAACUGCUGAAGAAGUUCGUCCAGAGUGGCAGCCGCCUGCUGUUCUCUGCAGAGAGCUUCUGCUGGCCUGAGUGGGGGCUGGCAGAGCAGUACCCUGAGGUGGGCACGGGGAAGCGCUUCCUCAACUCUGGUGGAUUCAUUGGCUUUGCCCCCACCGUCCACCAAAUUGUCCGCCAGUGGAAGUACAAGGAUGACGAUGACGAUCAGCUGUUCUACACGCGACUCUAUCUGGACCCAGGACUGAGGGAGAAAUUCAGCCUUAAUCUGGACCAUAAAUCCCGGAUCUUUCAGAACCUCAAUGGGGCUUUAGAUGAGGUGGUUUUAAAAUUUGAUCAAAAUCGUGUGCGUAUACGGAAUGUGGCCUACGACACGCUUCCUGUUGUGGUGCACGGGAACGGUCCUACUAAGCUCCAGCUGAAUUACCUGGGAAACUAUGUCCCUAACGGCUGGACUCCUGGGGGAGGCUGUGGAUUCUGUGACCAGGACCGGAGGACACUCCCAGAGGGGCAGCCUCCCCCCCGGGUGCUUCUGGCCGUGUUUGUGGAACAGCCUACCCCGUUCCUGCCCCGCUUCCUGCAAAGGCUGAUGCUCCUGGACUAUCCCCCCGACAGGAUCACCCUCUUCUUACAUAACAACGAGGUGUACCAUGAACCCCACAUUGCCGACUCCUGGCCCCAGCUCCAGGACCACUUCUCAGCUGUGAAGCUGGUGGGGCCAGAGGAGGCCCUGACCCCAGGCGAGGCCAGGGACAUGGCCAUGGACAAGUGUCGGCAGGACCCCAAGUGUGAAUUCUACUUCAGUCUGGAUGCUGAUGCCGUCAUCACCAACCAGCAGGUCCUGCGCAUCCUCAUUGAAGAAAACAGGAAGGUCAUCGCGCCCAUGCUAUCCCGCCAUGGGAAGCUGUGGUCCAACUUCUGGGGAGCCCUGAGUCCCGACGAGUACUACGCGCGCUCCGAGGACUACGUGGAGCUGGUGCAGCGGAAGCGAGUGGGCGUGUGGAACGUGCCCUACAUUUCCCAGGCGUACGUGAUCCGGGGGGACACCUUACGGACAGAGCUGCCUCAGAGGGCGGUGUUCUCCGGCAGUGACACCGACCCAGACAUGGCCUUCUGUAAGAGCCUGAGGGACAAGGUGAGCGUGGCAGCAGGGCCCAAUGCCAGGGUGCUGGGGGGCAGCCACCGCCUGUCUCCUUCUCACACCCUCUCCCCGCUCCAGGGCAUCUUCCUCCAUCUCAGCAACCAACAUGAGUUUGGCCGCCUCCUGGCCACUUCCCGGUACGACACAGACCACCUGCACCCCGACCUCUGGCAGAUCUUUGACAACCCCCUGGACUGGAAGGAGCAGUAUAUCCACGAGAACUACAGCCGGGCUCUGGAAGGGGACGGACUCGUGGAGCAGCCCUGCCCAGAUGUGUACUGGUUCCCUCUGCUCUCAGACCAGAUGUGUGAUGAGCUGGUGGAGGAAAUGGAGCACUAUGGUCAGUGGUCAGGAGGCCGGCAUGAGGACUCAAGACUGGCUGGGGGCUAUGAGAACGUGCCCACCGUGGACAUCCACAUGAAGCAGGUGGGCUACGAAGACCAGUGGCUGCAGCUGCUGAGGACGUACGUGGGGCCCAUGACCGAGAGCCUGUUCCCAGGCUACCACACCAAGACCCGGGCAGUGAUGAACUUCGUGGUCCGCUACCGGCCGGAUGAACAGCCUUCUCUGCGGCCACAUCAUGAUUCGUCCACCUUUACUCUCAACGUUGCUCUCAACCACAAGGACCUGGAUUAUGAGGGAGGCGGCUGCCGCUUCUUACGCUACGACUGCGUGAUCUCAGCCCCACGGAAGGGCUGGGGGCUUCUGCACCCUGGCCGUCUCACCCACUACCAUGAGGGGCUGCCUACCACGAGGGGCACUCGCUACAUCAUGGUGUCCUUUGUCGACCCCUGACACUCAACAACUGUGCCACACCUCUCCUGCCAUUGUGCCUUCUUAUCCUCGCUCUCAGAGGGGGUCUGUCUGGCUCUUCGUCUUCUGAGUGUAUGUCCGGUGAGCCUGGGACUGGAUGUCUCACCUCGCUCCCCAACCCCCAACGCACAGCCCUCUCAAGAAGCUCCUGGAGCCCCAAGUCCCGCUCCUCAGCCCCCAAGAAAGAGUUCAUGGGAGAGAGCUUCUUGGGGUUCCCCAUGUGAUAACUUAUUGUUUCUUAGCCUCACUCCCAAUAAAGGAGGAUUUGUAA